GUUCUUGCGGAGCGUCUCUUCGGAGGCCGUACGGAAGUGGGCGGGUCCCCGAUGUACUCGACCAAGCAGGCCUCGAAGCUGCUCAUGACUGAGAUGGGAACAAAGAUUGACAUCUCAGAGGAUCAGCUCACAAGCAUCGGUGGCAACAUGUAUUGGGCACGCUUCGCCGCGGCGCCCUUCCCAAGCCUUGCCCAGUCGAUCGCAAGGAUUUGGCCGAAGGUCGAGGGAAUCGAGGCUGAGUUGGGCAACUUUGCCAUCUCAGCGCUUCGCGGAGCUGGCGGAUACGUGGGGGAAUUGCCCAUGGCUCCCAAGGUGAUGGCCAUCUACUUCCCGCAGAACGAUGAAUUCCACGGCGAGGGCUUCACGGAGUGGACCCACUUGAAGCCCUUCGUGGAUGAAGGAGCUUACCCCCUGAAGAGCUCCCAGUAUUCGGCCGAGAUGGCUCGCCAGUACGGAGUGCACGGCUUUAUGUUCUACCACUACUGGUUCAGCGGCCAGGGUGUGAAGAACGCCAGCGUAAUGUGGAAGAUCCCGCACAUGAUGCUGCAAGACGGACAGCCGGAUAUGCCUUUCUUCUUCUCGUGGGCCAACAGGCGCUGGGAGCGUGGAUAUGGCGAGCAUGCCACUGGGGAGGUUCUCAUUGACCAGGACUACAGCAACGAGACCGGCUGGAAGGAGCACUUCGAGUACCUCCUGCCUUACUUCCAACACCGCAUGUACAAGAAGGUCGACAACAAGCCCAUCUUUGCGAUUUAUUUCCCUCAGGAGAUCGGCGACAAGCUGGCGCCAAUGAUGAACAACUGGCAUCAGCUCGCCAAGCAGAAUGGCUUCAACGGAAUCUACUUCCUGCGUACGGUUAGUGGGGCUGGCGGCCCGACGUUCAUGCCCGCGCUCUUCGAUGCCAGCUUCCACUUCAUGGCUGUGUGCGAGCGCUGUGGCCGACCUGCCUCGGGUGAAGAUAAGGACUUCGUGACCACUUGGCCACAGUACUGGGGUGCCACGACCGGCUUUGACAACAGAGUGCGCGGAUGCAGCCAACGCUACCGUGCAACCCCAGAGGAGUUCAAGGUGGCCCUGCAGCAGUCUUUCAGCAACAUGAGCCACCACCCCUCCCGCCGCAUUAAUGAGAACCUCUACUUCAUCGCUGCCUGGAAUGAGUGGAACGAGCAGGGUGUUCUUGAGCCCGAUGCGAUUCAUGCGUUUGCCUACCUGCAGGCCCUGCAACAUGCCGCCGAAACCAUCGGUGCCGCUGACCCCACUGCGGAGGACCUCCUGACUCCAGCGGCCAGCCCCGGAAAGAAGCGAAGCGCCCCGACUUCCCUUCUCGAGGUGAAGAGCAUGGAGGUGAAAGCCGACCUUGCCUGGGGUCACGGAAGCGGCCCGAGGAAGUGGAACGAGACCCGUCACGACCGAAAGGCCCAUGAAGACACCCAGCCGAUGGCCUUGGCCGAGAUCGGGCAUCGCAGGAGCAGGCCCCCUCCCUCCUUCGGUGCCAACACCGACGACAUCAUGGAUGGGCGAAUGGUCAGCCAGCAAAUCAUUGACGAACUCGACGGUCGGGAGUACCGCCAUGCUGACAAGGCUCCUGUUAUUACAGGCCCAUAUGGUCGCGAUGAUGGGGAUGAUCGCUCCCGAGCCGGGCGAAGAUAUGCCCGUGAUGAUGACGGUCGCCGUGGAGAUGACCGUUCUUCGAGCCGCAGAGGUCGCCGUGGAGGAAGCCGCGAUGAUGGUCGCCGCCCUAGCUGGGCCGACGACGAUCGCCGUGGAAGCCGUGGAGGAAGUCGGGAUGACGGUCGCCGUCCUAGCUGGGCUGACGAUGAUCGUCAUGGCCAUGGAGGAAGCCGGGGUGAUGGUCGCCGCCCUAGCUGGGCAGAUGACCACCGAGACAAUCGCGGCGACAACCGAGGAGAUAACCGCGGAGACAAUCGUGGAGACAACCGCGGCGACAACCGCGGCGACAACCGUGGCGACAACCGUGGCGACAACCGAGGAGACAACCGCGGAGACAAUAGGGGCAACGGAGGUCGGGACGAUGAUAAUCAAGGAGAACCAGGUGAUGGUGACGAUCAGGCUGCGCCUGGUGAUUGGGACUGGAAGUACGUGGACAUUUAA